AUGGGCAACGCCAGUCAGCGAAAAAUCGAUUUGGUUUUCAAAAGAAAAAGAGAUGAUGACAUGAUUGGAGUUGAGGAAGAUCCUUCACCAAUGGCAGAUCAACCUUUGCCAAUGCUUGAAAUUGAACAGCCACAACAGCCACACCCAGAGAGCCAAGAUGAAGACAUAGAGGGUGAAAUUCUGGAGAAGUACAGCUAUGAGCAUAUCAUUGAAGAUUUCAAAUGCGUGAAGGAACGGAAUGCUGAUUUAUAG